CAGCACACCGCUUCAGUGCGUACUAAUCAACUCACGCGCAAGCCGUCAACAGCUCCUUGACGCUCCGACAACAGUCAGUCUGACCGCAGCCGUAGCCACAGUGUGCGCGCAGUGAAGUGACAGUGCAAGAACAAGCCAACAUGACCUACCUCAAAACCGCUAUUGUCGUAUGCGCGUGCAUAGCGCUGGCCGCGGCGCAAUAUGAUUUCGGAUUUGACUACUCGGACGGUUACCUAGCAACCAACUUCGGAGGGCCUAGCUACAAUAUGCUGUCCUCGGCGGCUGCGAGAGACCCUAGAGCUAACACAGGUCCGGUUGUGUUCCCCCCCUCGCCCCCCGGCGACCCGUCUCAGACCAGCGGCGUGGUGGUCGGUGCUUCUGGCUUCGGUUUCGUACCCCCCGGCUCCCAAGCUCCGUCCCUACCACGGUACUUCUACUCUGGAUAUUUCUUAAGAAGAUAGAACGGCCAUCCCAUCAUUAGCUAUGUAUAGAAAAAUAUUCGAUUUACCACUGUCUGUGUAAGUAAUAUUAUUAUGUACAAAUAAUAAUUUAAUAAAACCCGAAGUACCUUAUACUUAUAAAAGCUAAUUUAAUGUAAUGUAAAAAUAUUUUUAUGAUAAAUAUUAACUAUAUUCUGCAGUUAUAAUAUUAUUUAUAUUUAAACAAGUAGAAUUUAUUUUUGUAUGGCGAAGAAUGUAUUAUGUUAACUUUGGUAGCUCGAUCAAGAAUAUUAUUAAAUCGCAGACAAUAAAACUGUAGAAAAACUAAUUUGUGAUAAAUAUUAUUAAAAAUUUAAACAUGUGAAUGAAUGACUUAGGGGUAUUCAUAAUUAUGAAUUAUUUCAUAUUUAUGAUAAAUACUGCGCUAGUCUGGUAUGAGUGUUUUUGGCCUAAUGAGGGAUUAUCCAGGCUAUGUUCCGCAAUAAUACAGAUGGCGCUGUCGAGAUUUAAAAUAAAAAAAAGCAAAUAUACUUUAUUGCACAUCAUCAUCAGCCGUACGACGCCCACUGCUGGGCUUAGGCCUCCCCCAAGGAUCUCCACGACGAUCGGUCCUGCGCUGACCGCAUCCAGCGGCUUCCCGCGACCUUCACCAGAUCGUCGGUCCACCUUGUAGCGGGCCUACCCACUGAGCUUCGUCCGACACGUGGUCGCCAUUACAGAACCUUUCCGCCCCAUCGGCCAUCGGUUCUCCUCGCUAUGUAUCCUGCCCACUGCCACUUCAGCUGCACACAACAUACAAAACAAAUCACAAAUGGACGAAAGAUACAGCACAAUCUGGCGGCCUUAUCUAACGUGAUAUUUUACUAU